AAGCAGUGUCGUGCCGCGCCACGGAGGUUAAUGUUGUGCCUUGAUUUUUUUAUGUAGUGGCUGAAGAAUAAUCUAAUUAAAUAUUAAAUUUAUAAUUAAUCAUUUGAUAGUAAAGUGCCUGCAUAGAGUGCAUAGUGGUAUUAGUUGCAGUGAAUCAUGUAUAAAUUAAGUUUAGGUUUUUCAGUGCUCCUCACCAGUGCAAUUCUAGUCACAGUGGAAGCGGCUUCACUCACUAAUGAUGUGAAACCUGAUGUUGCAGUCAGAAGUAAUCCAGGUAUAAAAGAGCCGCCAGUGGUAGCCUCAGGGCCCAAUCUGUGCGGCUACAGCAACCUCGGGGAUCUGGACUCCAUCCGGGACCGGGUGCAGGAGAAGGAGCAUGCCGACUUCCUGGAGUAUCCCUGGAUGAUCGCGCUGUUAAGGAGGUCACUAAACAGCUCAGCCUGGUCUCACGCCGGCUACCUCGGCGGAGGCACGCUCAUCCACCCUCGCGUGGUGCUGACUGCCGCACACAAGGUCCAUGGACUGAAGGCUGAAGACAUGAAAUGUCGCGCCGGCGAGUGGGACACGCUGAACACGGAUGAGAUUUACGGACAUCAGGAGCAGAAUGUAGCCAAGAUCGUGAGGCACCCGGACUUUUACUAUGACUCGAUCCUCAACAGCGUGGCUCUCUUGUUCCUGGUGGCUCCGUUCCGCCAGGCGCCCAACGUGGGGCUCGCGUGUCUGGGGCCCCAGCUGCCGCCCGCCGGCACUGUAUGCUACAGCAGCGGUUGGGGUAAACAGAAGCUGGGGGCCAAAGACAGUGAGAUCGGUGGAAUGCUGAAGAAAGUAGAACUCCCUCUCCUAAGCCGCUCCGAGUGCCAGGCGCGCCUGCGCAAGACGCGUCUGUCCAACUACUUCACUCUGCACGAGUCACUGAUGUGCGCGGGGGGACAGGAGGGGAAGGACACGUGCGCGGGGGACGGGGGGUCGCCGCUCGUGUGUAAUAUCGGGGACCCGUCACACCAGCGCUUCGCCCUCUACGGCAUGGUGGCCUAUGGCAUCGGAUGCGGAGAAGACGGCGUCCCUGGUGUCUAUGUGGACGCACCACACUUCCAUUCCUGGGUUCAGGAGAAGAUGAGGGAAGAGGGGCUGAGCACCGAGUCGUUUAUGUUUAAUGAAUAA